AUGUCGAAGAACCCCCUCAACUGGCUUAUUGUCGCUGCCCCAGCUUCCGCCCCAGAUGCUUGUAUUACCGAAUUACCCACCCAGACCCUAAGGUGUAGCCCUCCUCGCCAGGCUAUACAUCGAAGAGCAGAGUCCGCUCCUCUAUUGGGAGAUGGCACCCACGAUUGUCUGCAAUGUACUCGCAAAAGACGUCGUGUAUCUGUUGACGCAUAUCCUACAACUCUACCCACAGUGCCAGAGUACGUCUUCCAGCCCAGAAGACGUCCUCGGGAAAAAGGGCUUCAUCGUUUUUGGGUUGAAUUAAAGCACGCUGCUAUUUGCUAUUGCACUUCCAAAAGAAGAUAUCAGCUAUUGACAAGAUAUCGUUACUCCAAGCAGAAAAAGCCAUAUACUGCCGUUUCCGUCCAUAUCGAACAACUCACAUCAGAGAGCUACGAAGAAGAUGACCUAGCCGGCAUUCCCGAUCUACUCGAGGUGGUCAAGCUGCAAGCCACAGGACCUUCAGAAGUGGCACGAGGUUUGCGGAAGAAACUCAAGUAUGGAAGCGUACAUCGACAGCUAAGAGCACUGACUAUUCUCGAUGGGCUAUUACAAAACUGCGGACAACGAUUGCAAAGAGCAAUACUGACAGAUCCACCUCUACAAGAGCGGCUCCGCAUUGCUGCAAUCGACCCCAUGUCAGACGAAGAGGUACGCAAGAAAUGUAGGAGUUUGUUUGGUCAAUGGGUAGCAAGCUCUACCGAACAGCCAGGUCUUGAAGGAGCAAAAUCCCUAUACAAUCAGUUACCGAAAAAGAAGCAGCCGACAGUUCAACAACGUCGAGAUCAGAGUAGAGUUCUGCGCGAGACGGAAGAGGCUGCUCGGCACGAUGAAGAGGAGGAAAUAGGACGAGCUCGAAGUUCAAGCAUUGUUGGCGAUUCUACUGCGUCAACAUCGCGGAUGAGGCAUCUUCCUAUCAGUCUCUCUUCCUCGUCAACGUUCGGCACGAACAAGGUAAAGAAGGACAAGAAGAGCAAACAAAAGAUGUUUAACCUGGAGAAAGAAAGACCAGCUAUACUACAGGCCAUUGCCGGCUCGUCCGUAGCGUCCUCGAACCUCAACAACGCCUUGAAAUUGGUGAACCGUGAGAAUAAACGUGUCAGUGAUGACGCAGAAGUUAUGAAGCGUUUCGAGACUUGCAAAAACUUGCGGCGGCAGAUACUUCGUUAUAUCCAAUUUGUCGAGACGGAAGAAUUGCUUGGUGGGCUGAUAGAUGCUAAUGAGCGCCUCAUCGGCAGUCUGAUGGCGUUCGAAGUUAUGGACAAAAGUGUCGAUGACGACGAUUCAGAUUCUGAAAUGGAGGAAGCAGCACAUCUUUCCCGAAGACAGAAGCAAGCAGAUGACUCUGCCAUCCGGGAGGCCGAGAAGCGUUUCGCUGCAAUGGAGGUGAAUCCACCUAGCAAGCCUCCACGACCUAACAACAUCGCAAUGCCGCAACCACCACCAUCUAUCACUAGAACGAAAUCAGUACAGAAUGACGAGAGCGAGAGUGAUUACGAAUCUGACGAUAGUGAUGAUCCAUUUGCUGAUAGAAAUGCUGCACCAAAGACGCCAGACCCAGGCAGUCGAACUGGGUACACCUGGAAAGAGGUGUAA